CGCGCUCCGAGCGGCGGCGCGACGGCGCGACGGCUCCCCGCCGCGGGCCCGGCUUAUCUUAUCCGCGUAGCCCGACGUGCCGCAUGGGCGUUGUUGCUUCGAGCAUCGGCUUCCUUCAUCGGGAAGCGGCAGGCAAUAUGGAGCCUUCGAAAGCAGGCAUCAAUGCACAGAUCAGACGCAUGGCAGGAAUAAUAACGGAACGUGCUCGAAAGUUGACCAACGAUGGAGAAGUGUGCAGCAUUUGCGAAGGCAUCUUGGCAGUUCUGCUUAUGAAGAUGGGCUAUCACGAAGAUGAAGCCCUGUACGCAGCCCGCGAGCACGAGUCGAUCAGAAGCGCGUUGUUGUUCCUGGAAACUGCUGUUUUCAGCGAUUGCGCGGUGUGCAGUUCCCGCAUUCUGGACAGUCACCUGACUCAAAAUAAGUUAAAACCGUGUGGGCACACCGCCUGCGCGAACUGCUUGAAGAUGCAUUUUGGGAGGCAAGCGAAGAAUGGAAUGCUGACAUGCACGGAAUGCUCAACGGAGAUCCAACAGGCUGACAAUAUAGAUUUGCUAAAGCGCAUCUUCGGUGAAGAUUACGGUUCUUUCGAUGAGAAACUGCUUCACAGUUACUUGGAACGAACCGAAGAGGAGAAGUUCUGCGUAAACACAGAGUGCGCAUUAAUCUUCAGCGUGCCAAGAGAACUUUCGAAGAUGCAGUGUCCUGCCUGCAAGACUAUUGCGUGCGUGAAGUGCGGAAGCAAAUGGCGAAAGGAGCAUGAGAAUAGAUCGUGUGACGAUUUCAAGAAGUGGAAAAGUGAGAAUGACCCAGAUGAUCCCGAAUUUAAAUCUCAAGACCUGAUCAGGAAAACUGCCAUCGUGUGCCCCAAUUGCCGUACGCCGUACUUCAAAGCCAGAGGCGGUUGUGCCCACUUCACAUGCGGGAACUGUAAGAGAGAGUUUUGCGAAUGCUGCAAGACAGAAUUCUGGAAGGGGCAGGCGUGCGGCAGCGAAGCCUGUAAGAACAAGGGCAUGCACGGUCACCAUCCCAGAAAUUGUUUCUUCUACACCAGAGAUUAUGCAUGCGAAGAUCUUAUAACGCUUCUCAAGGACGCGAGUGUUGCUGUCGAUGAAACGGCCCCGCAAGUUGCGACGGCCACAUGUACUGUUGGUGUCACCAGUGACGACUAUCUUGACUCACCGUGUGGACUCCCAGUAUUGAAAGCCGAGAAGUGCGAGAAGCAUUACAAGGAGAUUCUGUGCGACUUGAUUUACCGCCAUCGUGUGGACGUUCUGAACGUUUUCAACCAAGACAAGCUCGAAAAUGAACUUCGGAAACACAACAAAGACAUACCGCCGCUUUCCUCGGAAUUAAGCCAGGAAGAAAGAUUAAUUCGCCUCCGCGAGGUCGUCGCCCAGGCUGUCCCACUUCCGUCAUAAGCCGACGGAGAGCGAGCAAGCACGAGUAAAGUUCUUCAAAUUGCGAUUGAAUUGGAAUGUGUGAUAUGCGGUGUGCUGUGCUUUUCAAUGAAAUUGAAUAAAAUAUGUAUGUUAUGUUGGA